UGACUACGAAAGAAGAACAGUGUGAGAGAGAGGCUUUACCCAAGUGUAAAGCAAGCCACAGCAUCUCCCUGCCUGCUUUACCCAUCCGAUUCAUACACCCACACCAGCACCACGCCACCAGCAACCUCCUGCAGUUUUACUCGCACGCCCGUCACGAGUUCGCCUCCAUCUCUGCGGGGUAUAAAUUGGUGGGAGCAGAGGACGGCCCAGCAGAGCGAUCAGAGAAUGGGGUGGCUCCGCUCCAUCGUCUCCCCGCUCAGGAAGCUCUGGUGCAACAUGAACACAGUGCCGCGCAAGAAGAGAGGGAUCUACAUCCUGUACGACGACGUCAAGUCGUGCCAAUGCGAGGACGUGCACGUGCUCUGGUCGAUCCUCAUGGAGUCCCACGGCCUGCCGCCUCCGACGCCCACCACCGUGCUCAGGCUCACGCGGUGAUCGCCGGAGUUUGCAUCCGUCGGCCGUCGAUUGGCGUCAGCUCUGGCACGACGGCGCCCCCAGAAUAAGGAACGGCCGGCAAGGGGUGCCUGUUGGCCGUUGCCGUGUUUCCACGGGAGGUGAAGUGGUGAACUAGUAUAGCUAGCAUAAUAUGCUUGUGUCGAAUGUUUAUAUAGAGAAGUUGGGUACAUUAAUCUGGCCUUCGUCCAGCGCCUCUUUUGGAGCUGCUGAGACGAGAAAGCUGCAGCGUUCGCGGUUUGCUUGAUGAGUGUGGUGAUGGGCUCAUCCGAGCGCACCCCUCUUUUGAGUUUUAAUUUGACUCGUCGCUUUCUGUUAAGACUGCAUUCAGAAUUUCAGAUGCAGGUCAAUUCAUCCACCAUUACUGAUACAAAAGAGAAAAAAUCUUCAAUAAUUAUUUGAAUCUGUCAAUUCUGUGU